AUAUACACAGAAGCGUCUGGAGCCUCGGUCUCUGAUUCCAGCGGGACAAGAGUGUGAACAGGUCAGCAGUGUUGAGGCAGGGCUAAAGCCAACCUACAUAUUCCAUACAGUUAUCUCUGAAGUUUCCAGGAAAGAAAUAAUGUCUAAAGGUCCAGCAGUAGGCAUUGACUUGGGCACCACCUACUCAUGCGUUGGCAUUUUUCAGCAUGGCAAGGUGGAGAUCAUUGCCAAUGAUCAAGGAAACAGAACUACCCCCAGUUAUGUUGCCUUCACAGACACAGAGAGACUGAUUGGAGAUGCUGCCAAGAACCAGGUGGCCAUGAACCCUAACAACACUGUGUUUGAUGCCAAGCGCUUGAUUGGUCGGCGAUUUGACGACCCUGUGGUGCAGUCAGACAUGAAGCACUGGCCUUUUAAGGUGGUGAAUGAUGGAGGCAAACCCAAAGUGGAGGUGGAAUACAAGGGAGAGAUGAAGACCUUUUAUCCUGAAGAGGUGUCCUCUAUGGUCCUCACUAAGAUGAAGGAGAUUUCCGAGGCUUACUUGGGCAAAACUGUGACAAAUGCUGUUAUCACAGUACCUGCCUACUUCAAUGACUCCCAAAGGCAAGCCACAAAAGAUGCUGGUGCCAUUGCUGGCCUGAAUGUCCUUCGCAUCAUCAAUGAGCCAACAGCAGCAGCCAUUGCCUAUGGGCUGGACAAAAAGGUUGGUUGUGAACGUAAUGUUCUCAUUUUUGACCUGGGUGGUGGCACCUUCGAUGUGUCCAUUCUGACCAUUGAGGAUGGCAUCUUUGAGGUCAAGGCAACAGCUGGUGACACUCAUCUUGGAGGUGAAGAUUUUGACAACCGUAUGGUCAACCACUUCAUCGCUGAAUUUAAACGUAAAUUCAAGAAGGACAUCACAGGUAAUAAACGUGCAGUGCGUCGUUUGAGGACAGCUUGUGAACGUGCCAAGCGCACACUGUCCUCCAGCACACAGGCCAGCAUCGAGAUAGACUCACUUUAUGAGGGUGCCGACUUCUACACCUCCAUUACGAGGGCGCGCUUUGAGGAGCUCAAUGCUGACCUGUUCCGUGGUACUCUAGAGCCUGUUGAGAAGGCCUUGCGUGAUGCCAAGAUGGACAAGACCCAGAUUCAUGACAUUGUCCUUGUUGGAGGGUCCACUCGCAUUCCCAAGAUCCAGAAACUACUGCAAGACUUUUUCAAUGGACGUGAUCUCAAUAAGAGUAUUAACCCUGAUGAAGCAGUGGCCUAUGGAGCAGCUGUCCAGGCAGCAAUCUUGUCAGGUGAUAAGUCAGAAAACGUCCAAGAUCUUCUUCUGCUGGACGUCACUCCUUUGUCUCUGGGGAUUGAGACAGCUGGAGGUGUCAUGACUGUGCUCAUUAAGAGGAAUACUACCAUCCCUACCAAACAAACCCAGACCUUUACAACCUACUCAGACAACCAGCCUGGUGUGCUGAUCCAGGUAUAUGAAGGAGAACGAGCCAUGACGAAGGACAACAACAUUCUAGGCAAAUUUGAGUUGACAGGUAUUCCUCCUGCCCCCCGAGGUGUGCCACAGAUCGAAGUGACCUUUGAUAUUGAUGCCAAUGGCAUUCUCAACGUGUCUGCAGUGGACAAGAGCACUGGCAAGGAGAACAAGAUAACUAUCACUAAUGACAAAGGCCGUCUGUCCAAGGAGGACAUUGAGCGAAUGGUGCAGGAGGCUGAAAGAUACCGUGCAGAGGAUGAUGUUCAGAGGGAGAAAGUCACAGCCAAGAACACUCUUGAGUCCCUGGCCUUUAAUAUGAAGAGCACAGUAGAGGAUGAGAAGCUCAAAGACAAGAUCAGUGCUGAAGACAAGCAGACAAUUGUGGACAAGUGCAAUGAGGUUAUUACCUGGCUGGACAGGAACCAGACCGCAGAAAAGGAUGAGUAUGAGCACCAGCAGAAAGAGUUGGAGAAAGUGUGUAAUCCCAUAAUCACCAAGCUUUACCAAGGCACUGGGGGUAUGCCAGGUGGAAUGCCUGGUGGCUCAGGUGGGUUCCCUGGAGGUACAGGUGGUAGUGCUUCCUCUGGCCCCACCAUUGAGGAGGUUGACUAAACCUAAAACCACACCAGGGAAGAGAGAGAGAAAUCCACGCAUCAGCUACACACAACCAGGAGUCCUUUUCUUCAACACAUUUCACAUUACACUCUCAUUAGGACUUGUUAAUGGCAGCCCGUGCCAACUGAGACCAACAUAUAGCUUGUGACCAAAUCCGAUAUUUCUCUGACAUGAAGCUUUACGUGUUUUUUUAAUCAUUAAACUUCAGUGCAUCUUGUAGUGAUUGGUCACAAUGUGUUCUUUAGGUUAGGUUGAGAUUAUUUGUGCCAUUUCUUCCACUUUUGUGACUUCCUUACAGAUGUCCUCCCCAUUCUCCAUAGCUCUGUGGUAGCACUUCAAUAAAAUAGUAUGGAUUCUCUUCA